UGCAGUUGAGGGGGCAGGAUGGGGGCUUGGAGCUGCUCUCCUGCCCCCAGCCCGGUGCCGGGCGUGGGGUGAAGGGGAUGAUGAUGAAAUAGCCCCACCCCAGCAGGAUCCAGGAGAGACCUGGCAACAUCUGCCCCGACUCGCCUUCGUGUUGAGGAGCCCGAAAUCCCCCCGGGCACGGUCUGAUGCGGGGCGGCCCCGUGACUUCCAUCCGAGGCUCUCAAGUAACUUAUCAAAUAGUAAGGAAAGAGGUGCUUACAGCUCUAUUUGCAGGAAUGGGGCCAUAAACUCAACAACAUACCUGUUAUGCCCGAGUAUACAGUAUCCCAAGCGUAAUGAGACUGCAUGGAAUCAUGAGUUUAGUUGGAAAACGGACAAAGCCUGAAAAUGCCACCUGCAUCAACAGCACCACAGUAUACACCCCCAGAUGGAGAAUGGGGCUGGGUGGUUGUCUUUGGGGCCUUUAUCUCCAUUGGAUUUUCCUAUGCAUUCCCAAAAGCCAUCACAGUGUUCUUCAAGGAGAUUCAAGAAAUCUUCCACACAUCAUACAGUGAAAUAGCCUGGAUAUCAUCAAUUAUGUUGGCUGUCAUGUAUGCAGGAGGUCCCAUGAGCAGCGUCUUGGUGAACAAAUAUGGUAGCCGGCCAGUAAUGAUAGCAGGAGGCAUAUUGUGUUCAUUUGGAAUGAUUGUAUCCUCUUUCUGCAAUAGUGUCCUGGAACUUUACAUAUGUAUAGGUGUUGUUGGAGGUCUGGGUUUAGCUUUCAACCUGCAGCCUGCCUUGACUAUGAUUGGCAAGUAUUUUUACAAGAAGCGUCCUAUUGCUAACGGACUAGCUAUGGCUGGAAGUCCUGUAUUUCUAAGCACGUUGGCACCUCUCAAUCAAUUUCUCUUUAAUUUAUUUGGCUGGAAAGGAAGCUUUCUUAUUCUGGGAGGACUUCUGCUGAACUGCUGCGUGGCUGGGUCACUUAUGAGACCUGUUGGACCAAAACCAGUCCCUCCUGUGAAAAAAGAUGUUGAAAAAGGGGCAGGAGAUUCCACAUUGCACAAAAACAACAAGAAGAAGGCUUUCUGGCAAACUCUGAAUAAAUAUUUAGAUAUAUCCCUUUUCAAACACAGAGGAUUUCUAAUUUAUUUGUCAGGAAAUGUUAUUAUGUUUAUUGGUUUCUUUGCCCCAAUAGUAUUCUUGGCUCCUUAUGCCAAGCAUAAGGGAAUUGAUGAAUAUUCUGCAGCUUUUUUGUUGUCUAUCUUAGCUUUUGUAGACAUGUUUGCUAGGCCUUCAAUGGGACUUUUGGCAAACUCCAAACUCAUCCGGCCAAAGAUCCAGUAUUUCUUUAGUUUUGCUGUCUUGUACAAUGGUGUCUGUCAUAUCAUGUGCCCACUGGCAUCAGACUACACUGGCCUGGUGAUAUAUGCUGUAUUUUUUGGGUUUGCUUUUGGAAUGGUUAGCAGUGUUCUUUUUGAGACGUUGAUGGACCUUGUUGGUGCUGCCAGGUUUUCCAGUGCCGUGGGACUUGUCACAAUUGUGGAGUGCUGCCCAGUUCUUAUCGGUCCACCUCUUGGAGGUUGGUUAGUGGAUGUAACUGGUGAAUAUCAAUACAUGUACUUUGUCUGUGGAGUGAUUGUGAUUGUGGCAAGUAUCUGGUUGUUCAUUGGCAAUACCAUUAACUACAGGCUGUUGGCAAAGGAAAAGAAGAUAGAAGAGGAAAAACAAAAAGCAUUAAAGAAUGCCGAUUCCAAGGAAGCAGAACCUUUGACCAAUAAUGAGAAUGGAGAGCCUGCCAACAGGGAUAACAAAGCUCUUGAUGAUCCUUCAGAAAGGGAAACUAAUAUUUAAUAUGAAAUAUUGUUCAAACAUCGACUUGCAUUAGAAGUAUUUCUUCAAGAUACAGGCCAGGUUUUGUAGUAAAAAUGAUCAGUCACAAUACUGGGUGAGAACAGGAUUUUGCCAAUGGCAAGAUUCCACUAAUAUAAUCAUCUACAGGUUUUGUUUUGUGGUUUUUUUGUCUGUUGUUUUAUGACUCAACAAUUGAGGUUACAGAGUUAGUGAAUCCAGGCCAGUGAGAAAAUGUGUCCAUUCUAACUGUGACUAUGGAGACGGGUCAAGUAAGAUAGACUUUCAGAAGUCUUCCAAUUAUCUUGUUUCAAAAGAACUUCUAAAGCAACAUCAUCUGUUUAGCCUUGUUUGAGAAGACAUCUUGUCUUCAUUUUCAGAAUAUCACUGAUGACUGUUGUCUUCUCCCCACAUCCUAUUUUGAUGAUAAAUAUUAAAGAAAAAUAUCAGCUCAUGCAUUAAUAGCUGACAAGCAAGAGAAACCUAAUGACAAAUUACCUAAAUAAAGCACACAGGAAACUUUUUGCCCUUUUGAAAUGUAGAUCAAAAUGUUGAAUUAUUUGUGCAUUGAUCUUUGCCAGAGGACAAAAAAUAUUGCUAAAAUGCAAUAAAUGGUUUCAUGAUAACAGAUAACCAUCUUUCUUUUUUCCUCCAAGAGAUAGCUAAUUACAUAUGUAGAUAUUUAUUUUGCAAUACAUAGUACAGUCAUUAAUUCAAAGUAGCUUAAAAUCUGUUUGUAUUCAAAUCAAAAUUUAUUUUAAAUUAAGUUCAGCAUAUAACUGGUAGAUAGCUUUUAAGAGUUCUGACUGUUUCAUUCAUGUACCUAAAUUUAAAGUAAGUCAAGCAGAGGAACUAAAUGUUUCAGAGAUAGGGGAAGCUUUUUUUUUUUUCUAGGCACCUGAUUCAAUGUCCAUGGAAGAUAAAAGGGCUCUUUCCAUUGACUUCUGUGGGCUUGAAUCAAUCAGUUGCUGGUAAUUACUUUAAAUCAGAUCCUUGCAUGUAUUGGCAGAAAGUCAUUAUCCUCUGAUAGUUGUUUGACGACAUAUGUGAAAUAAGUUUUAAGAUCUAAUUCCAGGUCCUUUUGGACAAGUAACCUCAUCACAAUUCCUACCUACCCACCUAAAGCAUUUUUUCAUGAACUAACAUCUUUUUAUGGCUUUAUGAGCAGAGAGACCAAGAACUAAACCUUCUAAAAAGGUUGAGGCAUGCUGGCAGCGCAUUCUGUAGAACUGUGCAUUGCUGUUGUCCUUGGUAUACCUUUUCAUACAGGAUUUUUAGUCCUUUCUCUACAAUAUUGCAUAAUCAUUCUAAUUUGAUAUACGUAGAUUUUUUUUUCUUAAGAAAGAGCAAGAAUACAAACUAAGUCUACAGCUGUACGUCACAGCAUCUAACUAUAAUUCCAUCUGAAAUUUAAUAGUGGAAGUUAAUUCCAUGCUUGCUGAAGUUUCAAAUGAUGAAGGGGUUAAAUGAAAAUGCUUAUGUUUUAUUUAGGAGUGAGAAACAGAAGGUGCUUUUCAUUUUGGAGGAGGGCACCUGUUUAUAAAUGCAUCUGAAAUUGUGAAAAUUAAGGGUCUGAUUCAUAAAAUAUUUAUGCACUGUUUAUGCAGGAUACAUACACACACUUAGUUCAGGAAAAGACAAGGUCUUGCAAUUCAUUUGAGCCCUUUUUCUUACCUCUAAAACAUGUGCUAUAUUAAUUCUAAAAUGACGUGCCAAUACCUCAAGUAAGGAAAAAACUAUGAAAUUAGACAGGUAUAUGAGAAUAUUUAAGGAAGGUACAUCAGUACACAUGCUCAAUAACAUUAUGUUCAUCAAGGCUUUUGUUUUGCUUUUUGUUUGCAUUUGUUUUUUGUUGUUUGAUUACAUACAAUGUAUUGCCAGAAACAAUACCAUAAAUACCUUUUCCAGACCUUGGCACUUUUUACACAAGGAAACAUAUGAGUCCAUCACUAAUGCAGUGCAGAAAUAAACAUUUAUACUGUACCAAUGAUCUUGCAGCAAAACCAGACAAUUUUGAGAAAAGUCUGAAUUUUGUAGUAAUCUCAUGUGCAAUACAAACACAACAGAGUUUAGAGAGGAAACACUGAUGGUUACUCAUUACAACCUGACCAAGACUUAAGUUCAACCCUGUGUUAAGGGGUAGUCCACUAUAGUACACAAUCAUAGCUCCCUCCCUUGUUUCAGGAAGGGAAAGAAGCACAAAGAGGAGAGGAGUCAAGGUUCUGAUUACACCACAUCAAUUCUGUUCAGAAGUAUAUAGGGUGCACAGCCUCAGAACCACAAUCUGGAAGGGCACUGUCCGGUGACAGAGAGAGAGAAUGAGAUAGCAGACACCACGUGCGCCUACUCAGACCCCUGUGUGAUCACAGCAUAAUCAAACCCUCAGUAAUGUAUUAAGAAAGAUGAAUUGAAGAUGUUGGGUAAAAAGUAUUGAACAGGAGCAUCUUUAAACAGCAUGUGGUAGAAAGGCACAGAUAAUAAACAAAAGGAUUAAAUAGGGAGGUUGAGGCACAGCUAGAGAGGCAAGAAUCUAAGUGCUUAUUAUUUCUCUCUGCACAAAAGAGCUUAGUUAAAAAUACAUGAUAGAGCACUAUAGGAGACAGAUUUUUGAUUUUGUCUACUGAAUGUUGCCAUGGGAUAAAUAAGAGGAUCUGAAGGAAAAAAAAUGACAGAAGGCCUCAAGAGCCACAAAAGGCAACUUACCUGUUCAAUACUAUGCAGCACAGGAAAGAAAUGGAAGAAGCAAAGUUCCUUGAGGGCUUAGACAACGCUGACCACCAGUGACAAAACUUAUGUUACUAUCCUAAAGGAGAUCAAAGUUUAUAGAAACAGAUCCCUCAGAAGAGUUACUAGUCUUUCAUCUGCUGCCAAUAAAGUUCUAAAAUAGUGGGCAUGAAAAAUCUGGCUUCCCAUGACUCACCAACGCACAACUGUAAAUCAUAGAACAAGAUAAAAUGAUGUAGCAGGCACCAGAAGCAAUAUAAAAUCUCAACUAAUGGAGUCAAAUGAAACAUUUUCUUAUACCUCUUUUAUUUUUCCCUUAAACUAGAAACAAAGUUGAAUCAAGAACUCCAAAUCUGUGCAUUACUGAAUGCUGCAGGUGAGGAUCAGUCCUCUGUAAAAAAUGUCUGGAAUUCAAAGUUGCUGUCUUUCACACAACGUGUGCUAACACUUAUUUUUAAUAAAAUGAAAAGGAAAUCAUUCUCAUUUCUAUGAAAUUGUCACUUUCAGCCAGUUUAUAAGGCUACACUAAACUGCAAAAUAUUAAAAUGGGUACAGCUAGGCUUGUGGGUUACCUUGAUCAUCCUUAUACUGAAAAGUACCUUCUUUCUCAAGUAGUUCAAUCACCACCUUUUAAAAACUUUCUCAGUGUCUUUUAGAGCCUAUCACCUGCUGUUUUAUCUCUUGAGUAACCAAGUGGACUUAAAACACUUAAGUAUAAUUCUCUUCCACCCUGUUCGAGUCCCUGAAAAUCCAUUACUGUAUCUACUUCUGUAACAUGCUAUCAUCUUACUCUUAAGAGGCAUGGGAGAAAAAGCCAGGAGGAAGAGAACCCAUUCACCUUUUGAAUUAACAGUGUUGAGGGAGUCAAGCAGGGUGAGCAUGUUUAGGCAUCUAAGGCCACUUACACACUUAUGCAAAAGGGGAAUUUAGCCUAGGGGAAUUGAUCCUUGUCUCCCACUUCCUGGAUAAAUGUUUUCACUGAUAUGCUGUUCAAUAAAGAAGGAGUAAGAAUCACAACAACCUCCUCCCUGGGCUGUUGUGUCUUCUAAGAAAAGAGUGAGACUUGUUCAUUACUUUGAGGGAACACCUAGAGUCACCUUUUCAGGGUGAAAUCCUGGUUCCAUAUAAGUCAAAGCAAAAUUUCUAUAAACUACAAUAGGGCCAGGAUCUUAUUAAAAGUCUCUGCCCAUUCUGAACCUCUUUCUAUUCAUCUGUUUUUCAGUGUGGAUUCAAGUGUUUGUCUACAUGUUAAUAUAAGUCAAUUCCUGCUCCUCAAGAAUUGAAUAAUAAUUUCACAGUAACUUCAGCGGGGGCAAGUUAGUUCCAAAUGUUUCACAUGCAAUGGUGUAUGGUGACCUCAUAAAGCAGCAAACAUGGAAUAUUGACUGAAGUAAUAUUAUUUGAAUUAGAUUUAUAUUUUUGUGCAUGUGAUCUCCAAAGAUGCAUAGGAUCAGGGGAUGAUGGAAAAACAGGAGAAAAAUCAUGAUUCUUUUACCUUUUGAAAAGGAUUGAUAAUAUGUCAUUGUAAGAAAAUCAUUCAGUGUUUUCAGUAGAUUCAUUAAAGGGUUCCUUUAUAUUAGCAGGUCACAUGUAAUCAAUAAGUAGUCAUCUUCUUCUCUUUCCUCUAAGAUACUAUUACAAGAUUGUAUUAUAUAGAACAGAUAAGAUAAAGAUUGAACAUACAGCCUUUUGUGUGAUAGCAUGAUGAGAUGGCCAACAUGUUGCAGAACCUAAAACCCAUUUCACUUUCUCUGCCAUUUUCACAGCAGCUCGUUUUUUUAAAUGUCAUGAAUAAAUUUAUCUUGACUUUCUGUAGUAUUUUCCUUCAUCUUCCAUGUUACUUGUCUUAACUACAAGGCAAGCAUGUCUAUACUAUAGUAACUGGAGUUUGUGUGGUCAUACUCAGAUCAGUUUAUAACUAGGUAGUUUAUAUAUUACUAGCAGUGUACCUCUUACUACACAGAACACAGUAUGGACUAACCACUUGAAUAUUUAUCCAGAAGUACUAGUUUAAACCAGGCUACUAGAUAAAAGCUACAUGAUUGGUGAUCACUGCAUUGCAGACAUAUCCUAGAAGUGCUGACAGUACUGGCUCAGAAGACACAAGAAGAUAUGAUCCUCCUCACAAUAAAGAGAAAUAAGUCUAACUUCAGGCAAGUGUAGAGCAUCCAUAGAAUUGAGCCUAAAUGUGACUGAUGGUGAUAGUCUCUUGUUCUUUUGCUUUGCUUUUAUGGAAGAAAAGUUGGAGUAUUGUAGUUUACACUGUCCUUAUUUUCUUUUAAGUGUAUUUAUCACAUCAAUUUAUUCUUCCCCUUUGAAACUUUAAUUCCUUCUUAUGUUUCUUCCUCUUGUUCUUGAUGUAACUCAAUAGAAACAGUGUGUGUUCUAUUGUGAUUUUUGUUAGGUGUUUUGGAUCUUUCUCGACCUACCACAAUCUCUGUGUGUGACCCCUGAGUUUUGGUGUUGAAGUAACUAAUAUUCAGAUAAAUGACAAGCUGUGUACAUCAACAUAGUUAUCAGUUUUAUCUCUACCUUGAUGCACAUAUCAAGUUUCAGUAAAUAAUACCAGUGGUAGCUGUUUUUAAACAAGCUUGCUGUUAGUGAAACUAGGUGCAUCUACAUGUUCACUGUAGUGCUCAGCAGACUAAUUUACUGUGCAGUAAAGUGUCAUGGUCUACAUGUGCAUGGCAACUGGGCCAGUGUAGACUAAUGUACAGUGCCAUUGGAUACUCCCAUCAGACACAGGUACUAUCCAGUGAUGAAGUAAAUUACUGCGCUUAAAUGCACAUGUAUAUGAUUAUAUCAGGAUUAGUUUAAUUCAGCUCAAAUUGCACCAGAGUUUAUUCGUUAAGUUUAAUUGCACGUGUAGACGUGCCCACUGAUGGGUUGCCUAGUACCAAAGUAGAAUUAAGGCAACUUUUGCUAGUUUAUCUAUAAAUAACUAUUUUUCUAUUCAUAUUCAGGUGUGAUAUAUAUAUAUAUAUAUAUAUAUAUAUAUAUAUAUAUACCUGAAUUAUAUAUAUAUAAUUGGUUACAGCUGAAGAUGAUAUUUCAAUUUUAAUCAGCUUGUUCUCUGUGGUCUUUUUCUUUAGUUUUGAUAUUGGUCUAUGUACAUAAAGUAUAUUUACUAUUUAUAGACACACCUUCUGCCUAAUCUUUGCAUGAAAAUGUAGAAAAAAUAUAUUUUUUUUAAUUCAAUACACUUUUUUUUUUCUACCAUCUAUCUCUUAAUUAUAGUUAAGAGAAGUUCAGAACCACAACAAGAAGCAGUUAGGAAAAAUAUAGUGGCAGAAGGUAUAAACUUUGUUAGAAAUCUUCUUAAAUAUUUCACUCAGCCUUCAGAACAUUUUUGCAUAUAUAGGAGCCAGAGUGCUGGUUUGUGUCAACUGGUAUAGCCUUGUUGACUACCAGCUAGGACUUGACCCUUGACUGGUGUGAAUUUUACACAAACCUUAACUUUAGUAAAUCACCAUGGUAUCAUUUCCACAUCCAGUACCAAGGGUAGUGAGGGAGUUGGCUUAUGUGAUUGCAGAGCCACUAUCUGUCAUCUUGAUUUGAGCAAGGCUUUUGAUACAGUUUGCCACAACAUUCUCGCAGGCAAGCUAAAGGAAAUAUGGGCUGGAUGAAUGGACUGUAAGGUGAAUAGAAAACUGGCUGGAACAUUGGGUUUAGAGAGUAGUAAUCAAUGGCUCCUUGUCUAGUUGGCAGCUGGUAUCAAGUGGAAUGCCCCAGGGGUCAGUCUUGGAGCUGGCUUUGUUCAAUGUCUUCAUCAACAACCUGGAAGAUGGCAUAGAGUGCACCCUCAGCAAGUUUACAGAUGACACCAAGCUUGCAGGAGUAGUAGAUAUGCUAGAGGGCAGGGCUAGGAUUCAGUGGCGUAGACAAAUUGGAGGAUUGAGCCAAAAGGAAUCUCAUGAGGUUCAACUUGGACAAGUACAAAGUCCUGCACUUAGGACAGAACAAUCCCAUGCACCAGAACAGACUGAGGGCUAACUGGGUGGGCAGCAGCUCUGCAGAAAAGGACCUGAGGGUUACAGUGGACAGAAGCUGAAUAUGAGCCAGCAAUGUGUCCUUGUUGUCAAGAAGGCCAACAGCAUACUGGACUGCAUUGGUAGGUAUGUUGCCAGUAGGUGAAGGGAAAUUAUUAUUCCUCUGUAUUUGGCACUGGUAAGGCCACAUCUGGAGUACUGUGUUCAGUUUUGGGCACCCCACUGCAGAGAGGAUGUGGAAAAAUUGAAGAGUGCAGUGGAGGGCAACAAAAAUGAUGAGGAGACUGAGUUACAUGACUUGUGAGGAGAGGCUGAGGGACCAGGGCUUCUUUAGUCUAGAGAAGAGAAGAGUGUGGUUUUAAUAGCAGUCCUCAACUACCUGAAGAGGGUUCCAAAGAGGAUGGAGCUAAACUGUUCUCAACGGUGACAGAUGACAGAACAAGGAGCAAUGGUCUCAAGUUGCAUCAAAGGAAGUUUAGGUUGGAUAUUAGGAAGAAUUUUCUCACUAGGAGGGUAGGAAAACACUGGAACAAGUUACCCAGAGAAGUGGAAGCUCUACCCUUGGAGGUUUUGAAAACCCAGCUAGACAUAUCUUUGGCUGGGAUGAUCUAGUUAGGGAUGGUUCUGCUUUAAGCAGGGGGCUGGACUAGAUGACCUCCUGAGCUCCCUUUCAACCCUACUUUUCUAUUAUAUGAUUUCUAUGAUUUCCACAUCCAGUGUCUUACUGACCUUUGUAUCAGAAAUACCAUGGUAUAAUACUUUCUGGGAGAGCGGGAAUCUCGUCAUGAAAACUUGUUAAGUGGUAUAUAUGUACUACACAUUUCUCAAAGGAAAAUGUUACAGUGAAUCAGUGUGUUUUGUAGUCUUAAAACCAAUGCUUCCUAAUUUAAUAACAAAGGAGUUGAUGUUUGUUUCGCUUUGCAGGUAGGGAGGAAGAAAUAAUCAGAAAGUCAUGGAUGCACUGUGUAGUAUUUUGCAUGCAAUAGUAAAGACUUUUUCUCCAAGAGCAUACUUAUUUUCAGUCUGCAUCUCUAUUCUGCCCAUUCUAGGGCCUGUUAAAAGUCCAUUGAAGCCAAUAUAACAAACCAAUUAACUUCAAAGGGCUUUAACAGACCUCAAGGGUGAAAUCCUUGGCCCCAUUGAAGGUAAUGGCAAAAGUUUCAUUGACUUAAAAAAGGUCAGGAUAUCACGCCAAGUUUACUGUCUACACUAUCUACCAAUUAUCUACAGCAGUCCUCAGGGGUACAGUACAUAUGCAACAUAAUGAAAACAAGAUCUAUGACAAUUAGCAAAUUAGGUUGUGCCUGCAUAAUUUUCCAAAUGAAUCAGUCCCUGAAUUUACGCACAAUGUGUAAUCUGUAAAUACUGAAAAUUCUAAUGAUGAAUGUAGAUUAUUAAAUACAAAAGAUAUAUCAAAAUAAGUACCUGAACAAAUCUUGUUUCAAUCCAAAGGAAAUUUAUCUAGUUCUUUUCAAACCUUCCUUCAGCAGAUUGUAAUUCUUUGUUAUUCAUAUCUACUGGGAAUGUGUUUUAUUUCUUUAUAUAUAUAUAUUAUAUAUAUCCGGUGGGUUACAUACUGUACUUGAUAAAUAAAACAUAUCUGUAAACAGAUGAAAAAGGAUUUCAACAAAUGAAAAAAAUUGACUUUUCUAUAAGAGUAUAUUUUAUUAUUUUUCAAUUCCUGCUAGUUUUAUUUAUAUUAGAAAUUCAGUCAAACAGAGAAUUGCAAUAUUAUACAACAUUGGUGUUUCUACCGUGCCUCAGAUGAUCAAUGUGGCCUAAAAUGUCACUGGGUAUUUUAACUGCUGUUAGGUUGUAAAAAGCAACAUUGUGUUUUGUUUUCUUUUCUUUUCUAACUGUAGAAAUACUGUAUGGAAGAUCUUUGAACAAGUGCCAGUUUUUUUAUUGUGAUUUCAUCUACCAUAUUUUAAAUACUUGGCCUGAACCUAUGAGGUGCUGGGGGCCAUUUUGUUCCUUUGAAAUAAAUGGAAAUUGACUCAGCUUAUGUCCCUACAGAAACAGCACCUUAAAACAACUGGGCCAAUAUUGGGAUUUUAGAAAACCUAUCUUAAUAGUUAUUGACAUUAAGCCAAUGUCAUGCUGACUCCUUAUCCUUUCACACUUUUAGUAUAUAUAUUUUUAAUCUCCCUAUGGGUACACAGUACACAAAAAAGUCUGUACACGACCCAAGGGAAAUGUUCAUCAGGAAGACUAUGCAGGGAACUUUCAAAGUAGUAUGCGCCAAGCACUUACACCAAUAUCCUUCCAGAAAUGUGACAUUGGUCCAAAGUACACACAUGACCUACUUUGAAAAUUCUCCUAUUCUGCAAUCUAUCAACAGAAUUUGGUAUUGCUAUGCAAUAAUCCAACAUGCAGUAGCCAUGCAUAUUGACUAACACUUGUGUUUUGUUUUCUUAUUAUUUUGCAGUGCUGUACAUUUUUUUACUUGAAUAUAUUGGCUAGAAAUUUUUGGACAAUCAUUUAUUAGCUAGAGGUGCUAUUCAUGUUCCAAAGAUGUUUAGGCUGAUGAUCAACAUCUCUGAUGAUACUUAACAAGCUUUUUUGACUCAACAAAAUGUCAUUGUUCACACUGUAUAUUAACACUGUAAAAAUGCUUACACACUGCAUUAUGUUGUAUUUAAAUGCAUAUUUAUAACUUCUUGCUCAUUAACUCCUAUUCCAGGCCUGUAUUAGUGUCUAACAUGUCUAGUUUGACCAUUUAAAUUUAUGGAAUUAUAAGGUUAAUUAUGUAUGAUAAGCAAUUUAAACAAAUGAAAACUGAAAAUAAAAUUUCCAUGUACAAUU